AUGAAUACCCCCUCCGAAAAAAUGCACAAUCUGGAGAUAAAGAAACACUCAAGGGGUGACUUGCUUCUCCUGAGGAGCUCCGACCUCCAUUCUUUUCGGAAGCUCCAAAGGGAUGUAGACGAAAUGGGACUCCUGUCUAGCGCGGAGCAGCACCUGUCGGGCAUUUUAACAACUCUAGACAACGUCGCGGACCAGGACAACACUCUAUACUGCUUAACACAGCGAGGUGAACUAAUCGGAAUGUUAAAGAUUGGUACAAAACGGCUGUACUUAUAUAACGGGAAAGACUUACACUGCCGGAGCUGUGCGUGUUUAUUAGGUAACAACAUAAAGGACAGUUACACAUGGAGAGUUGGAUUUUUACAUACAGAGGAGCUUCCGGAAGAGGGGCCUCGGGCUGGUUAG